GCUCGACAGCCACCAGUCAAGAAGGGCGCUUGGGAUCGACCCGAAUGCAAAGAGAUGGAGGAAUACAUUCCGGCGUAUUUGUUGCGCGGCUUGAUCCCUGCAGCCCUUCUGACCGCUUAUGACUUUUGGCAAGACACUGGAGAGAGCUACAGGCUCACCGGCUACGGCCAGGGUGAAGUCUCGGUGGAGCUCUUGCCACGUGCCACGAUCCUCGGCGUCGGCCUCGAAGGACCCUUCGACUGCACUGAUGAGCCUGCAGCAUGUGCACGCAUCACCAUGGACUUGGCGGGUCCAGAUGGAGAGCUGGAGCCGCAUCUCUUGCUGAACUUGCUCUCAGCCCCCAAAGGCAGUCCUUUGCAUAGCAUGGCCAUGUGGGCCUCCAGGCUCGAUGAUUUGUCCCACGUCCUGGCCUGGGGCCGCGUCCGUGCUGCCGAUGAAUCCAAAGCCAACUGGGCCAGCGCUCCCCUGCGGAUCAUGCAGUUCCCUCGCCUGGGGCUGACCUUCUUUGUCAAGGAGGAGGAGGGUGGACGGGUGCGGCGUUUGGUGUCCGCGGACUUCGGCAAUCUCACAGUGCCCUUGGCCCCGGUGCCUGAGCAGGUGGCGAAGUUGCUCGCGGGCAUUCCACAUGCGGUGAUCUUAUGUGACGAGAUGCAGUCAUUGCACGUGCUGGUCCCGCAAUACUUGCCUCUCCGACCCACGAUCAAAGGUCGUCCAUUCACCACUGAGAUUGUCUUCGAACGCUUGGGCAAGUGGGGAAGGAAUUGGUCCUCCAAGACCAAGGUGACGUACUUUAAGUACGAGGUGCACGUGUCCAAAGGCUUCCUGAUUGCUCCAUCCUUUGCUUCUGCCUUGUAUUUGUUGCUCCUGCGCUUUUUGGCCCGGGACUACGAAGGCGUGUGCUCGCUGGUGCAUGCGGUCGGCACGGACGCGGAGCUGAAUGAGGAGGAGGCCCAGAUCCUCAAGGUUUUGGGCCUCGUCGACGACGCCCAUCCGGAUGCCCUGGCCUGUCGCUGCUUGGUGACCUUGGCCGUGCUCCGUAGCGGCGCGCCCAUGCCGUGGGACUACCGCCAGGAAUUCGCGUGGUACGUGUCCAAGAUGUCGCACAUCUCCGCUCGAAGUCGCAUGAGUCUGGAUCAGGAGUCGGAGCUUCUCGAGGAGUGUGAGCGGCUCACCUCCAAGUUCCGGGUCACCGAGGCACAGACGAAGAAACUCAAGGGCCGCGAGAAGAAUAUCAUCUUGGAGAUGCUCUUAGACCCAGAGCGAGCGAAAGCGGCAGCGGCCAGUGAAAUGCAGAAGCUCCAGGACUUGAAGAAUGACAUUUUCAGUGCCAUGCGAGCGGAGGGUUUGAGCUGCAAGGAGGUAGAGAUGCAACGCUUGGUGUCGAAGAUUCAGCAGCGAGAGCAUGAGUUACCAGAUUGGAUGGCACAUGGCAUCUCCAACCGACAGGAGCUUCUCAAAGCUCGUGGGUACAAAGUCAAUCAAAAGGAUGACAAAAAAAAACAAGAAGGACAAAAAGGACAAGAAGGAUGCGAAGGACAAGAAGGAAGAGACGGAAGAAGUGACUUUGAAGCUACCCAAACCCAAGGAUGA